AGGCCUACACUAUCAACAACAGAGCACACUAUCAUAAUGUACUGAAGUGUCCGUUUUGAUCGUGGCUUUUUUUAAAAAAAAACACCAAAUGAGACCUGAAUCCAUACAUCUCUGACCUGAAGACACAAAUAUCAAGAAAUGAAUCAAUGGCAGGGUUGUCUUGCUGUUUGCAAAUUUAGACGGAACAUUUGACCAGAAGAAGACUUCAAUGUGUUCUGAUAGUUGAGCCUGUAGUUAACAUUUUAAAAAUCACUUCAACCAUUUAGUAAAACUGGAAACAGCUCGACCAAAUCUGCAGAAAAGAAAUUGCUUGAAUAAACCAGAUGUGGGCUUGGCAAUGCCGCAGCCCAAUGUUACUGGAAUGGAUCCUCCAUUUGGGGAUGCCUUUUGCAACCGCCCAUUUCCAGACCAGGUCUUAACCAGUACUGAUUUGUUGGGGAAUAAUUCAGAUCCUGAUUUCAUGUAUGAACUGGACAGAGAGAUGACUUACAGCUCAAGAGAUGAUCCUCUUACCUUGGGAGAUUGUAAAGACCUUGAACUUUUAGAACCAUUAAAUGAGCUACUCGAUUCGGAUCCUUCGUAUACUUCAAACUGGGAGCAGUGGGAUACAUGCUGGGAAGACUUGACAAAAUACACCAAGUUAACUAGCUAUGACAUUUGGGGAACAAAGGAAGUGGAUUUCCUUGGGCUUGAUGACUUUUCCAGUCCUUACCAAAAUGAAGAGGUCAUAAGCAGGACCCCAACUUUGGCCCAGCUAAACUGUGAAGAUUCACAGCCUGUUUUGGAUUCGUUAUAUCAUCCCGAUCUACUCAAGAGUUUAAAUCAAAAUUCAUUCACCUCUUCUCUAGCUGGAAAAAAACUUCCAGCAAACAGGGCAAUGCCACUGGUGUCAUCUGCCAGAAGUCCUUGUAUAGAUGCUUGCAUGCCAGAGACUACCCAAAAGCUAGCCAAAUCUGUUUCUUCCAGUGCAACUGUGGACAGUGUCAACACAAAUCCGCCCCUCAAUACCAAAAUAGGGCCUGUUCUUGUGGACAACAAAGACUUUGUUAAAAAGGCUAAAGUCUGGAUCAAUCCAGUACCGCUUGGUAAAUCAACAUUGGGUGCUACCCAGAUGCACAGUGACCUAUCAGAUGAUUCCUGUUGCAGUGAUAUUGGAGCUAAUGCUAGGAAACUGGAGAAAAAGAAUGUGGAAAGUAUUUAUUCCAAUAAAGCACCCAUUGUAUUCAAAGAAUCUAAUGAUUCAAUUACUCAAACGGAAACUGCUGAAAUCUUAUCACCACCUGUCUCUGAUCACACCCAGAAAAAGGAAGAGCACAAUUAUUCUUUGUUCAUUUCUGAUAGUUUGAAUGAACAGUCUCCGAGUAUUCUUCAAGAAGAUGAAGAUGAUGAUGAUGAUGAGGAGGAGGAACAUGAUGAAGGAUUUGGUAGUGAGCAUGAAUACAGUGAUAAUGAGGAAGAUGAUGACGAUGAGGAGGAGGAGGAGGAGGAAGAAGACAAGGAUGAUGAUGAUGAUGUCAGUGACACCUUCUCUGAACCGGGAUUUGAAAAUGAUACUGUAGAUGACAUAAAGGAUGCAGUAACAGGCACCUCCAGAAAAAGGAGCAAACGAAGAUACUUCUGGGAGUACAGUGAGCAGUUGAUGCCACCGCCCAAGCAAGAUCGAGUGUUGAAGCCUUCUGAAUGGGAUAGGGAUACUUUGCCUAGUAAUAUGUAUCAGAAAAAUGGUUUACACCAUGGGAAAUACUUAGUGAAGAAGUCUCGCAGAACAGAUGUAGAAGACUUGACUCCAAAUCCAAGAAAAUUACUCCAGAUUGGGAGUGAGCUUAGAAAACUAAACAAGGUGAUUAGUGAUCUGACACCUGUAAGUGAACUGCCAUUAACUGCCAGACCAAGGUCCAGAAAAGAGAAGAACAAACUUGCAUCCAGGGCUUGUCGCUUAAAGAAAAAGGCUCAGUAUGAGGCUAACAAAGUAAAACUAUGGGGUCUGAAUACUGAAUAUGAUCAUCUGCUUUAUGUGAUUAACUCAAUAAAACAGGAAAUAGUAAAUAGAGUACAGAGUCCAGGGGAGAAAGGAAGUGGAAGCAUCCUAGAGAAACUUGAAAAUCUCUUAAAUGAGACACUUGGGACAACAGUAGCUGGACAAACAUCUGACUUUGUCAAUCAAGUUUUAGAAAAAACAGGAGAAGGAGACCCAACGGGUGGUCUUGAAGGUCUUCGAGUACCUACAUCAAAAGUAUAACAUGAUACACUCUGUCAGAAGCAGUUUCUGCCUAUAGUUACAUGUUUGCCAUUUCUGUGAUAAAUGUUUGAUUCAUUAUAGCAAAUGACAUUUUGUUAGUUGUGUUAAACCUGCUUGAAAAAGAGAGGGAAAACUCAUGUUGACAUAUAAGAGUUCUAUAAAAAGAAAUGCACAUUGAGGUAAGUAUGGUUAUGUGUGCUCAGGUACUAUGAGGUAUAUUUCACUUACCUAUAAAAUGAGCUAGGAAUUGAUGUGUUCAGAAAUGUUGGUAGGAACUUAUGUUAAGUUUCCAUAGAAAAGUGGAUGUAGUAGUUGAAUCAAGAAAUCAAGAAAAUUAGUUUGUAAUUCUUUUUAAAGUUAACCGCUGUUGCAGAUUUUUUUCCAUUAGUAACAUUAUAUAUUCCUUUUGUAUAUACUACAUAUUCUUGUAUCAUUAAGUAUGCGUUAAAUAGUUAAUAUAGUGAAUUACAUAGCCUUUUCCAGACAUUGUGAGAGUAUUUAAGUUUGAGAAAGGAGUAAUAUUCUUUGUGCCUUUGUAUUUAAAUGAAAGUCGAGAUGUAACGUGUAAUGGAUAUACAGUGGAUAAAUUUUAUGGAUUUUAAAAAAUAUUCAUUUAUUUUCACUCUUUGGCUGUUUAAAUCAUAAUGAAUGUAUAUAGGAAUAUUUUCAGCAAUGUAGAUAUAUGCCACAGAGUCUGUAUUGUAUAAAGAUGGUUAUUGAAACAUGAGUUUCGGUACUUUUCAGAAAUAUUUGCACACUAUUUUGUACCAAAGACAAAUGCAACUAUAUGGCAUAAUGCCAGUGAAGUAAGGUUUUGCACAGCGUACACUGAUACAAAAUUGAAUGUAAUCAGGGUUGGGGUUAGGGUUUUACUAGAACUGUGAAAUAUGUUGUGUGGGUCCAAAUAGCCACAGAAAGAGGAUGCAAGUACACUUUUUAUCUGAUUUUGAUCCUGUAAACUGUUGUUAAGCUUCUAGAAAAUCAGAUAUGUUAUCUUCUGCGGAUGUAGAUGCAUAACAAAAGAAUGUAAUUUAUUUGUAGUUCUGUGUUAACAUUUCAGUGUAAUAUAGUGGCUUGCAAUUGUUACAUUAAAAAAGAUAAAUGCAUGUAUGUGGUACACUCGAAGGCAAAUAACCAAAAUUUAAUUUUAACAGUUUGUACAAUUGUAUAAAUGUACAUUGUCUCCCAAUUCUAAAAUUGCUAAUUUGCCACCUUUUCCAUUUAAUGUAGUAAUGUGCAUGUCAGAUUUCUAAAUGUUACUUGAUAGGAUGUAAAAAGUACUUCUAAAGCUAUAUAUUUUUGUAUUCUCAAUUAAGCAACCAAAAUAGUUAUUGUAAAAGGUAAAUAUCUAAAUUCUGUUGAUCCUUUUUGCUCAAUUGGUGUAGCUUUUCAAUUAGGACAGUACAAAUAGACCAACAUGAGUUCUAGCUUUUAUUUCCAUAUUCAUUAGUAGUAACUGGAUUGAAAAGUUUGUCACUUUGGUUAGGUUACAGAUCUAAAAGUUACUUCACAUGUUUAGUGAGUUCAAUAAUAGUGAAGUGCUGAUUGCUGAGUGGUAUUAGACGUCAGAGUUUAACAUGAACAUCCAUCCUAUAUACUGCUGGCAGCUGUAGAAGUGCAGUUUGACCUUAUUUUUGGGUUUCUUUGUAAAUAAAAAAAGCUUAUUAAUUGAUAACACUUUAUUUUAUGGCGAAUAGAUUUGCACUUUGUCACCAUUGCAUUUGUAUUCCUGCCAUUUGCUGCUAUUCCUGACCUGUAAGAUUGCUACAGUGAUACUUGAUUUAUACCUGCUAGUAAAAUGUAUAGUUACUCUUUGGUAACAAAAUGAAAGCAAGCUGUGCAGCUUUACAUUUUACCAGGGGACUCUGUGGCAUUAAAUAGUCUAGAAAUGGUUGUAAUUUGAUGCCAGUAAUAUCUUGCUUCUUUUUUCAUAAAUAUUUUAAUGUAUGCUAAUAUAUAAAAUAACUUUUUAAGAAGAGAGAGAUGUAUAAUGUCCUAUUUGGAAUUUUGACAGACUGAGCAUGUUAAGUGUUCUUGGAAUGAUUGAUUUAUUCUUGUCAUAAGUUCUGAAACAACAGAUCUGUAAAACUCUCCAGUUUAAAAAGUACCUUGUAGCACUGAAAAGUUACAUUUUAUGAAUUUGAAUUGUCCAGUUCCAUUUUCAGAUUUAUUAUGUCUUUUUCUUCUGGCACAAUUGCAACAGUCUUUACAAUGCAGGCCUUAAAUGGAUUCUGCCACUUUAUCCCAAACCAUUAAUUUGGAUAAUUCAAAGGGAUGACUUUUUGAAAUCAAUUAGUUUUAGAUACAGAAAAGAACAUAGGUCCCAAAAUCAGAUUCAAAAAUUUAUGGCAAAAUGCUGUAUAUUCUGAGUAAAACUGAUUCCAUUCAGAAAGUAUAAACCCAGCAGUGAAAUGAAUGAAAGGUCAAGAAGUGACUCAAUGUUUAUGCCUUAAAAAGACGGAUUCUCAAGUAUAAACUGAUGCCAUUUACCAUUUUAGAUAAAGUACUUCCAGAAAUUGUUGGAAAAUCAGUAUUGUUGAAAACUACUGAUAGGUGAGGUGCUACAUUAGAUUAAAACUGAACAAUUGAAAUCUUUACAAUAAUUAUCAGUAUCACUUGGUUUAUGACUGGUGCUUUUUUAGUUAGAUGCGGAUAAUCCAAAUUAACAGUAGUCUGAAGGUGUAUUCUGCAUAGAAUAUUUUUUGUGACUACACCCAAGAUGACUCAUGCGUGAUGCUUUCCAUAAUUGAAUGGUAGAUUUUGUUGUGAAGAAUAACAUUCCUGUUAUUAGCCAACUUAUUCAGUUUUUAGCACCUGUCCUGUGAAAUGUAAAUUUGACAAGUCUAUAAACAUCCAUAGGAAAUGGCAAAUACUUAGUAUGAGUGCCUGGUUAUACAAAAAUAAAAGUGUAAUAAGUUACAAACCUUUCAUUUUCACAAGUGUCUGCGUAAUUAAUUGUAUCACUUUUCUCACCAGCUCAAUUUGAAUUCUAGUUUUAAUUCUGAAAGAAUCUUUGUGAACAGAUCUCUCAUGAAAGUGUAAUGCUGUCCUCAUUCUCCCUAAAUCCACUUUUAUUUGACAUUUCAGGGAAAUCUGACUUAAAUUCUCAUUGCAUUUUUGCCAGUAAUGUACGUUACAUUUUUAUGAAUACACAUUGUGCUACAAAAAGGUUAAGUGUUGUUUUCCAUGUUGUUAUAAAUUAAAACUUUUACCAUGAAUUCAGCAGAUAAAUCCACACUUAAAGUUGACAGGUCUGUUGUUUCCAGUAUAAAUCUACGUAUAUUCUUUAAAAAAUUGUGUUUGACACAUGGGAAAUAUUUAGUGGUGGCACUAGCUAUGGCAUUACUAUUCAUUUGAAGUCCUGACCAUCUAUGCAGUCUUCUUCCUUCAUCUAAUUGUGACAUAAGUGCUCAAUUUACAAGAAAUUUUGAACUUCUGUCUGUUUUCUUUGAUUUGUACUGCGAUCAAUCUUGACUUAAGAAAAUUAAACCGUACGAACUGUUGGCCAUUUCACGAGAACAAUAUCAUUUAAUUUCAUUCCUACUUUUAGUCAAUCCAUCUCUACAAUACAGCUGUGCGAUGUCUUUCCAAGAGAUUGGAUAAAGGUGGUUGCGGAUGGUAUUGUUGUUAAUAUCCAGAGAAUAGGUUAAUGAAAGUUUAUCUAAUGUAUACUGUUUCACAUGUACAGAAUGAUCCUGGAUCUUUAUUCAUUUUGUGUUGUUGUUUAUGGGACUCCCAAGCUUAAAAAUGUAUCUGUUAAGUAAAUCUUCACUCCUUUUUGUGUACUGAAGAAAGCAAGACAUAGUGAAAAAUUAUUUGUAAAGUGGUUGUUACUUUUUAAAGAAAAUAAUUUUAAUUAGAUAUUUGGACAUGUUCAGCUGUUUACUCCAGUUAUAUCCCACUGUGAUACUCUGACUGUUUGUCUGUGUUGUACUCAGAAUUUGCAUCAACUUCAAUAAUGAUGUACACUAUAAAAUGUAGAUUAAUAUUUUUCCACUUAUUUAUGCUUUUGAUUAGGUAUGUUUGGCACCAGCAAUAUGGUUAAGGAAGUUAUGACAGCGGUCAUUUCACCAAGUAUCAAUUUUACGUCAAUUUGAAAUAAAAGCACAUUAAUCCUAUUCCUAAUACUUUAGAGAGGGGUAUAUAUUUUAUCUGGAGGAGUUUGAACAGUAUUUCUGUGAAUACUGUACAUAUUACUUAAACUAUAAUACAAAAUAUUUUACUGAAUGAUGCAUGUUAUGUGCUUUAAUGACGUACCAAUGCCCACUCUCUUACCAAAAAAUACAUGAGCUAGAAAUAAUGUCAUAUCUAUGACCAAAUCCCAAUUAAUAUGUGUGCCUGUUAAUCAUAUCUUGGCAAAUGCAGCAUUGGUAAUUGUUUUACAUUUCCUCACUUUUUUAAAGGGAAACAGUCAUUCCAGACGUAAUCUUUUUCAUUCAUUGUUAACUAAUAAUUAUUUAGACUGUCAACAAUAGCACAAAAUAUUUUCCAGAACAUGAACAUCAACUCUGCCUCGAUUACAGCAUGGUUUCUGCUGAGUAAUUAAGAGUUCACUGCUGCUUAUGGUUUGAAUAUUAGUAAACUAUCAUAGUAAGUGUUGAUAGCUUCUAAUUAUCACUGAACCAUCACUCCACAUUCACAGUAAUUAUUGUGAAUCAUCUUGGUCACUGCUGAUGAUUAUCACUUUCAAAUGAUUAUUAGUGGUUGUAGUUAAAUGUCACAUGGAAACAUUAGAGUAUCAAAGGAAAAUUAUUUAACAAAUAUGUUCUGUGUUUACAGUUUGUAUAGUGUGAAUGGGAUUAAUGCAUAUACACGGCAGAGCCUUGUAUUACAAUUGAUUUUGUAUUCAAUAAAAACCAUGGAUAGCAGCAGUAUGUUCAUACAAAUGUGCCAUUAAGUGGUAGAACAUUGAUUUAAAUCAGCCAGAGCUGAGACUUGUCACCAAGAAAUGGGAAAUUCAAAAAGAAAUUCUGACUUUGAAUACAAGGGUGACAUAAGCUUGACUCCUAGAAGUGGGCAUCUUGCUCAUCUUUUCGAAUAGGAAAUGGGAGACUUAAAAAAAAAGAGUUUUCUUUAAAUGUUGGCAACUAGUUACCAGUGAUACUAUAUGUUUGCCAGUGACAGCCUGGAGACAAUUUUUUUAAAAACCUAUAUAUAGGUUUAUGCUAACAAAAAAGGUUUUAAUUCAUAUGCAUUUGCUGACUGUACAGAAAAUGUUGCAAGAGAUUUUAAUGAACAAGGUUGUGUUUGUGAUUGUGCCUCUUUAACAGUUUUCCUGCUGCACUGUAUCAGCCAGGUGUUGGUACUACAGCUUCUUGUAAUCACAGUCUGAAUUUCAUAUUGUUUUGCAGAGAUUAUAAUAAAGCAACUA